AUGCAGUCUUGUUUCCUGCGCGCCAGAGCACUCCCUUUGUCGCGGCAGUCGCUCGCAUGCCGCAUCCCUAGCUCCGGCUCGCGUGCGUUGGGCACCUACGCGACCUUCAAGGUGCCUCAGAUCAACAACGAACCGAACAAACAUUAUGUUCCCGGUUCUCCAGACCGCAAGGGCCUCGAAGAUGCCCUGGCCACUUUCAAGAACAAGGCGCCUCUGUCAGUGCCGCUUGUCGUAGCAGGCAAAGAGAUCAUAAACUCGCAGACUUUCACUCAGACCAACCCUUCAUCGCACACCCCACUUGCCACCUAUUCCAACGCCUCCAAGGCCGAUGUUCAAGCGGCCAUUGAUUCGGCCCUGGCUGCCCGCAAGUCAUGGGCUGCAACGCCCUUCGCAGAGCGCGCUGGCAUUUUCCUCAAGGCUGCAGACUUGAUUUCCACCAAGUACCGUUACGAUAUCAUGGCCUUGACGAUGCACGGCCAAGGCAAAAAUGCCUGGCAGGCUGAGAUUGAUUCGGCCGCUGAACUGUGUGAUUUCUUCAGGUUCGGCGUCAAGUAUGCCGAAGAGCUUUAUGCGCAACAGCCUGUGCAUCAUGCUCCCGGCGUGUGGAAUCGCCUUGAGUAUCGCCCUCUUGAGGGUUUCGUCUACGCAAUCAGUCCCUUCAACUUCACCGCAAUUGGCGGUAACUUGGCCGGUGCACCCGCCCUGAUGGGUAAUGUUGUGGUGUGGAAGCCCUCGCCAUCUGCGAUUGCCUCAAACUGGCUCGUUCACCAGAUUCUCCUCGAGGCCGGUCUCCCCAAGGAUGUCAUCCAGUUUGUGCCUGGCGAAGCCGAAGAGGUCACUAGCACCGUCCUCAACCACCCCGAAUUCGCUGCCUUGCACUUUACAGGCAGCACGGACGUCUUCCGUAUGCUGUACGGCAAGAUCUCCCAGGGUGUGGCGGAUGGCAAAUACCGCAGUUAUCCUCGGAUCGUGGGCGAGACAGGUGGCAAGAACUUCCAUUUGGUGCACAAGUCCGCCGACGUGCGCAACGCCGUGGUCCAGACUGUUCGCGGUGCCUUUGAGUUCCAGGGUCAGAAAUGCAGCGCCACCUCCCGAGCGUACGUCGCUUCUUCCAUCGCGGAUGGAUUUGUUGAACAGCUGGUUGCGGAGGUGCAGAAGCUGAAAGUGGGCGAGCCAUCUGACUUCUCCAACUUCUGUGGCCCGGUCAUCCACGAGGCCUCGUUCAAUAAGCUGGCUGGUGUCAUCGACGCGGCGAAGAAUGACCCCGAGCUCGAGCUGCUGGCCGGAGGUACCUAUGACUCGUCGAAGGGAUGGUACAUCCAGCCGACUGUCUACCGCACCUCGAACCCGGACCACCCCCUUCUGUCCCGUGAACUUUUCGGUCCUGUUCUUGUGAUCCAUUCGUACAACGAUGCCACCGAGGCGGACUUCACCAAGAUCUGUGAGAAGAUCGACAGCACUGGCACCUAUGGCCUGACGGGAUCCGUCUUUGCACAGGACCGCGCGGCUGUCCAGGUGGCCGACGAUGCUCUCCGCAACUCGGCCGGAAACUUCUAUAUCAACUGCAAGAGCACUGGUGCUGUCGUUGGUCAGCAGCCAUUUGGUGGCGCUCGUGCCAGUGGGACCAACGACAAGGCGGGAAGUGCGAACCUGCUCUCUCGGUUUGUUAGCUUGCGCUCGAUGAAGGAGGAAUUCGUUCCUACUUACUCCGUUGCGUACCCGAGCAACGUGAACUAA